AUGGCGAGUGGCACCCACAUGCAUAACUUCACCACCCUCAUCAAGCGGCUCGAGGCGGCGACCUCACGCUUGGAGGAUAUGGCGAUGAGCUUGGAUGAAUCCAACGCAUCAAAAGGCACAGCUCCUCCGUCUGCGACUGCACCGGCCACCCCUGAUCUUCCGAAGCCUGCACCACCACCACCUGCUCCGCCAGCAGCUCCCGCUGCGCCGCAGGUUCCUGCCCAAAUCCAGGACUUCGACACAUUGAUUAAGGGAGACGUGCAGAACUUUGUGAACCUGGGUGAGAAGAUUGGUGGCCUUGUGGCAGAGCAAUCGAAAGCCGUCCUGCAGGCCUUCCAGGCCGAGCGUACCUUCCUCUACGUCUCGACAAAAGCCAAAAAGCCCGAUGUGCCGCCUCCGGAGCUGAUGACUGAUUUGCACAAAGCGUCCGAUAGUAUUAACAACAUCAAGGAGUCCAACCGCGCUUCACCCCUGUUCAAUCACCUAAGCGCCGUUGCUGAGGGCAUUGUUGCACUCGGUUGGUUCUUCGAAAGCAAACCAGCAGACUUCGUGUCUGAAAUGAUUGGCGGCAUUGAAUACUACGGUAACAAGGUGCUCAAGGAGUACAAGGAAAAGGACCGAACGCACGUCGAGUAUAUUCAAGCCUACUAUCAAAAUUUCAAAGCCCUUUCCGCGUACCUCAAGAAACAUUAUCCCAAGGGCCUGACAUGGAACACGGAGUCCGGCCUUAGUGCGCUGGAUGCUCUGAAGGAAAUCAAGGGCGGAUCUGCUUCAGCUGGCGGCGGUGCUCCUCCCCCACCGCCGCCACCACCUCCUCCUGUUCCCUCUGUUAAUCUGCCAGGGGGUGCUCCUCCUCCCCCUCCCCCUGGCAUUCCUCCUGCUCCGGCGCCGUCCGCCCCAGCGCCUGAUAUGACUGCUGUCUUUGAUCAGCUGAAUCAGGGUGAGCAGAUCACGUCUGGGCUCCGCAAAGUGGACAAGUCGCAGAUGACCCACAAGAACCCCGGCUUGCGCGCAGGUUCAACAGUCUCGGAGAUUUCUGGGUCCAUUCGGGCCAAGUCGCCGGCACCAAGCAAGAGGCCCAAGCCCGAGAGCAUGCGCUCUCGCAAGCCACCACGCAAGGACCUCGAGGGCACCAAGUGGUUGAUCGAGAACUUUGAAGGGUCCGAGGAGAUUAUCGAGGUCUCCGCGCAGCAGAACCAGUCCAUUCUCAUCACUCGCUGCAACAAGUCCAUCGUGAAGAUUUCUGGCAAGGCCAACGCCAUCGCUAUUGACAACUGCACCGGUCUUUCGAUCAUUGUUGACUCUCUCGUCAGCAGCCUGGACGUCAUUAAGUCGCCCAAGUUUGCCCUCCAGAUCGACGGUACUGUUCCAACUGUUCUUCUGGAUCAGGUAGAUGGCGCCACUGUCUAUCUCGGUCAACAGAGUCUUGCAACGGAGAUUUUCACCAGCAAGUGCAGUGCUGUCAACAUCAUGCUUCCCCCCAAGGAGGGUACCGACGAUGACACUAAGGAGUGCCCCAUUCCGGAGCAAAUCAAGAGCUACAUCAAGAAUGGUGUGCUGGUUAACGAGAUCGUUGAGCAUGCUGGUUAA